UGUCCGCUGAGCUGGCAGAAUAAGUGGGAGGGACCAGAGGAGCCCAUGCAGUACCUGAGGGCUGUGGUGGCACGCGCUCUUGCUAUACAGGUGUGUGGUCUGCAGUUGGAGGGCUGUAGUUUUGAUGGGGCUCGUCUGUCUGAGAACCGCCAUGACUCCCCCAGUGUGUCAGCUGUACCUGCCUGCUACAUGGCCUGGAUAGUACAGUGUCCCAGUGGCAGCUACGGUCCUGAGGAGGUCAUCUCUCUGCCUGUGUACACCAGCUCUGAGCGGGUCAGCGUGGUGACUCACGUCACGCUGCCUUGUGGAGGAAACCCUGACCAGUGGAUUCAGAAUGGAGCUGCCCUCUCUCUCAAACAGCAGUGAGACAGCCGGGCCAGGGAGCUAGAAGAGGGAGGGUUGGUGUUGGACUGAAGAGCACAGAGGGGAGACAUGUUUCUCACGAAGGUUAUCGGGCUUCACUACAGGUGUUUGUUGUUAUUUUAAAGCGACGAUAGUCUGCAAUGAAAUGUGUAAUGGCACAUACUGGUUCUUGACUAUGUUUGAAAAGCAUAGAUUAUUUUAAUGUCACGUUGCGUUUUGAAUGUUGAUGGUUAAUGUUUACUCUUUUAGUAUCAUCAUAGUCUGUUUGAAUGUAUUAUUACAAUAAUAAAGCUUUAUUUACUCUACA